GAAAGUCUGCUCUGCUUGGCACCUUUCAUGAAGCAUCCAUUGAAGAUUGUCUUGAGGGGAGUAACAAAUGAUCAAGUAGAUCCUUCAGCCGCGUUGACUGGCUCCAAGACAGACCCACUGCUGGCCACGUCUGAGUCCAUCAGUGAUGGUGGUAGUAACACUGUUGGGGUAACAGCUUUAAGGAGGAAGAGUGUGGGGGGCGAUGGAAUUGUGGAAUAACCUGGAGCAGGAGAGAGGAGUGAGAAUAUGGGAGAGAAACAGCCCUGCAGACAGCAGGGUCAGUGAAAACAGGGGGUGUUCCAUGCAGUGGAGCAGAGAUUCCCCUGUAGCCCAGGAUGAAAACCAUGGUAAGGCAGCUGUCUUCCUGCAACCCAUAAAUGUGGACAGUGAAGUAUAUAUUCACCUGCAGGGCCUGGUGCUGGAGUGGGUGGAUACCUGAAUGUGGCUGUGAACCUGUGGGAAGCCUGCACUGGAGCAGGAUUCUGGCAGCACCUGUAGGCCUAUGGAGAGAGAGAAACCUAUGCUGGAGCACAAUUGCUGACAGGACUUGUGAACUCAUGGGGAACCCGCACUGGAGCAGUUUAUGAAGAACUGUAGCCAGUGGGAGGCAUCUAUGAGGCAAGGAGCAGGAAUAUGUGUGCAACCAGAGGAGUGUGACCUGUCCCUUGUGGCACUGAACAAGUAGGCUGACCCACUGGGCUUUGAGAAAUCCACUUUCAGCACUGAGAUCUUGGCUUUUACACAGUCUCGAAAGUAUUUGUGGGAUGUGAUUGCUGUGUGGUUUGAGGUUGCUCUUUACCAGAGACCUCCUUGUCAGGUGCAUACAAGGGAAUAUUAUAGAUCUCCUGCUGUGAGGAGAGUAAAAGAGAUCCAGCUGAGAAGAAGAGUUUCUAAAGGACAUCUUGUUGAAGUAAAGACUUUUGCUGAGUUCAAUGAGGCACAGAUCCUGGGAACGUCUGCGUUCCCAGAGUUUACUUCGGUGUUUGUUUACAUACGUUAAUAGCCCUCCAAUAGGGGGCAAUGGAAAGCUCUUUGACAACUGGCGUCAAGUCCUAAAGAGUACCAUGGCCACUGAACAUGCACUUGUUCCAUCUGGGACUGUGGUGACAUUAUUACUAAUAAUAUUAUACAUAUUAUUUGUUAUAUUAUUAGACACUGGAAAAAAUCAGCCUGUGGAUGCCACAACCCUGGCAGUGUACAAAGCCAGGCUGGACCACCCGGUCUAGUGGGAGGUGUCCUUGUCCAUGGCAGGGGCAGGUGAACUUAAGGUCUCUUAAAGAUCCCUCCUGCUAUGAUAAUAUUGCACAUUAUUACUACUGUGUGAGUGAUACAUCCUAAUUGGGUGAAAGGAAUGCUACUUUGCUCUCACUAGAUCAAAGGAAUAGAUAAGUCUGGACUGUUCAUUAGCAGCCUACACUUGCAUUAUGUUUCUUGUGCCAUAGAGGUGAGAUCUGACCCUGGGUAGCUUGUGGGACCAGCCAUGUGGGACUGGGUUGAAGCAGUUUAAAGUUUCUAUGUAUAGGGAUUAUAUAUGUGGGGGGUGUCCUUUGUAAAGUGCCUUUCUGAAGGGAAUGGAGGUGGCACGCAAAUAGUAGCUGCUAUUUUCCUUUCCUUCUCCAUGUAUUGUCAUUCUGACAUUCAGAUACAACUGCAGUAACCUGUUUUAGAGUAACCAUUCUUUGUGUUUCCAGGUGUUGAAGAUUUUUUACAGCUAUGCCAAGAGGCUUUGAGUUCGAAUGAGUCAUGCUGACAUGAAACUUUAGCUUGGGAGCAGUAAUCUUCAAUCUUAAUCAGAACUCAACUGUUUGUAGAAAACAACAAGUUUUUCCUACUGAGUUUUCUUCCCACUUUACUUUAUUCCUUGUUAAACUCUGUUUUUUCUCUUCCCCCUCCUCCCAAUCUAGGCUCUAUUUCACAAAACAUAUCAACAUGUGUAUGGUGGGGCACAAUGAUCUGUGCAAUGCUAAUGGAUAAUGUAGGCCAACUGGUGUUUUUACCUUUCUUACGUAGCCAUGUGCUGCAGGGUCUCUAUCUGGGUGUUUGGUUUGGUUUGUUGGGUUUUUUUUUUUAAAUCUUUGCACUGGAUAAGGGAUUCUUGAACUUAAUUUUCCACCUUUUUCUUCGCUAUUGUAGAUUUCUUUACAGGAAGUGAUUUGUGAUUUCACACAACUUUGUGAAUAAGCAGUAUCUAUGGGAGUUAGAAUGUUGUCAUUUGUGGUGAGAUAUACCAUCAGUUGUAUGAUGUAUUUGUUUUGGCGCAACCUGGUGCUAUGUUGUCUGUUCUGGAAAUUGAAUAACUGCCCUCCAAGGGGAGCCCAUCCAAGGGGUGUGGUUUAUGGCUGAGAAUAGGCAAAAGGAUAGAAAAAUGGGUUUACAACUCAGUUCAGCUGCUGUUUUCUGAUUUUCAGUGAACUGCUUCACAUCCUGCCCAACUCGCCACUUGUCUGUGGGGCAGAACACCCUUCUCCCAUUCUUCAAAUACUGAUGAUUGCCUCCUCUAUUUGGGCAGCAAAAUUGGAACAGUCAGUCUUACAUGUCUGUUUCAUACCUCUUAAGUAUUACGGCAGGAAUUUUUCUGAGGACUGAAAAUUAUGACAAAUCUUGAAGUUUUUUGAGUUCUUAACCUACACAGUAAAGUUUUUUUAUUUUAAUGGUAUGUUUUGUUUCAUGAGAAGGAGGAAGAAACAUUGUGUGAUUUUAAUUUGAACCAGAUCAGCUUGUUGAGACUUCUGCCAGUGGUAUUUGCAUGCUUGUGCACAUGCAUGUUGGUAAAGGCUUUGCUCCAAAAGUCAAAUUUGUAUAGCUAAUGAAAACUAUUGAAGGGCCAAAGCAAGGUAGCCUGGCUGCAAAAAACCAUAAACUUUGUAGGUUAAAAGGAGUUAAGCAUUGGUUUAUUUUUUUUAAUGAAGACAUUAAAAUAUUGAUACUGAAAACAACACCAAUGUCUCUCUGUUAGAAAGGAAAUAUGUCCAGCAGGAAUUGAAAACAAGAAUUGAGAAUGAGAACAUAUAUUAAUAGCUCCUCAGGUACCACUAACAGAAUGUUCACAGAUCUGUAGGUGAGGUAUGUGCUGCCGUUUUGCCAGUGGCUUGCACUCUCUUCAAAGCAGAGAAAUUGAAAUUUAAGAAUUCUGAAUUUUGGCUGAAGGCAUGGGAAAGAGGGUGCUUUUUGUCUGCCUCAUCAAAUGCUGACUACCUCAUGACUGUUUCCUUCAUCUGUGUUUAUUUUGUCUUUGGUCAUGCUGUCCUGAUCCUGUCUAUCCACAGCUAUUUGUCUUGGGUAACUCCCUGUGUUGUUGCACUGCUAAAUAAUUUUUAUCACUUUUGGCAAUACUACUGAAGUUUCAGAAGAGGGAAGAAGUGGGCAGUCCCUGUAGUGUUGGGAAUUAGGAAGAGCUACAGCAAGGAUAAUUCUGUCCAGACCUGGACCUGGUUGAUGUCCUUAAGGCAACAGCUCUACCCCUUCUGAAGAAGUUUGGAAUUGAUGGUGAAAGCCUGGAAAUCAAGAUCAACCGAAGAGGAAUGCCUCCCAAAGGGGGUGGAGAGAUAGUGUUUUCUUGCCCAGUGAGAAAGGUCUUGCAGCCUGUUCAGUUCACAGACCCUGGAAAAAUCAAGCGCAUCAGAGGAACUGCAUACUCUGUCCGAGUGUCACCACAGAUGGCAAACAGAAUGGUGGAAUCUGCAAGGGGCAUCCUGAAUAAAUUCCUCCCUGACAUCUAUAUCUACACAGAUCAUAUGAAGGGGGUCAGCUCUGGAAAAUCACCAGGUUUUGGCAUGUGCCUUACUGCAGAAACCAUCAAUGGCACUAUUCUCAGUGCUGAGCUAGCCUCAAACCCUCAGGGCCAGGGAGAAGCUGUGCUUCCUGAGGAACUGGGCCAGAGUUGUGCUAAGCUGCUGCUUGAGGAGGUCUACAGAGGAGGCUGUGUAGAUUCAACAAAUCAGAGCCUUGCUCUGCUCCUUAUGACACUUGGACAGCGGGAUGUUUCCAAAGUCCUGUUGGGACCUCUGUCGCCAUACACAAUUGAGUUUCUGCGACACCUCAGAAGCUUCUUCCAAAUCAUGUUUAAAAUUGAAACCAAGACCACUGAGGAAGAACACACAGGCGGGGAGAAAGUCUUAAUGACAUGUGUUGGCAUUGGAUUUCACAACCUCAGUAAAACUAUAAGAUAAAAAACAUCUACAGACUUUGUGAAAGACAGAAAAUGCUGCAAAGAUCUAAUAAAACCUACCUGUCUGUGUACUUUGGCACAGGGAGACCUGUGAUGAUUCCAGGUGAGGGUAUCCAAGCUCACUGCAUGUAAACAAUAAAGCUGACAUUAGACUAUUUA